AUGGCAGACUUCGGCGACUUUGUGAGCACCGAGGACGAGGAAUUUGACCUCGAAGAGGUUGCCGAACCCUGGCAAAAGUACGAUAUAAAGAAAACUCCACAUGUCUUCUAUCCCAUCUGUGUCGGAGAAGUGCUCAAUGAGAGAUACCUGAUAGAGCAUAAAAUCGGCUCUGGCGGCUUCUCCACCGUCUGGAUGGCCCAUGACCUUCAGGAUAAGAGGGAUGUCGCCCUCAAAGUCAUGUCUUCGGGGGAAUGGGAAAAAAAUGAAAUCCGCAUGCAGGAUGAAAUCCUUCAGAAUGUACAGGAUACCUCUCACCUUGUGACAUAUUUGGCGACCUUUCUACUCCCUGGAAACAACUGUCAUCACAGGGUCCUAGUGUUCCCUCUUCUGGGCCCAUGCCUUUACCCUAUUAUCCUGAGAAAGAUGUCCAUGGCCACUCGCAUGUCCGCUGCUAAGCAAUUGCUAGAGGCCUUGGAAAAUUUACACAAGGCCGGAAUUGUGCACCGCGAUUUGAACGAGAGGAAUUGUAUGUGGGGGAUGGUUCCUCUCCACAAUCUCAACAGGAGUGCUAAAUACAAGACACUCGGUCGGCCAUUAAGGCAAAUCAUACCAUUGGUCGACCUCUGGAAGCCAGGAGAGCUUGUGCUGCCCAUUAUGAUCCCUGAGAACUUACGCACAGAGGAAUUCUAUCUCAGUGAUUUUGGUCUGUCGAUGAAACUUGGCGACCCCGUGACUCAACACGGCUAUCCGCCUAUGCAAUUUUGCUCCCCAGAUCGAUUUCAUAGGAAAGAUCCAAGUUUUGCCUGCGACAUGUGGAGUUACAUGGUCCUCUUCGCAGAGCUUUACCUUGGCCAUCCGCCUUUCCCUACCUGGCUUAACGGUGGAAUAAUAACUGGUAUGGUCAGAUGUUUGGGUCCACUGCCUGAGGAGUGGAAGGGCCUCUACACUCCCUCCGAAAGCCUGGAUUCCUGGUAUGAUGAGCGUAAAACACCCGAUCCAAACCAUGAGCUUGCAUCGACAAUUGCAUACUUUUGUCCUGAAGUCGAUCCCAUUGAGCGAAAACAUGUGCUCUCCAUCAUGACUAGAGUAUUUACUUACUGUCCAGAGAAACGUCUGACCGCAACACAGCUUCUGCGUGACCCUUCAUUCAGAGCUAUCAUGGACAAAUAUGGUUGUUGA